AUGUUUUGGUUGAUAUUUAUUGCAGGGUCUGGGGCAGCAAUAGCACUGGCCUAUGGGUUUGUUAAUAGGUACCUGUCUUUCAAAUUGUACAAGAACACCCAUCCCGUUGUUUUGUUGACACUGCUAUUUAAUAUGUUUCUGCUAUUGUCAAUUACAUAUUUACUACCGUUGGACAUAUUUUAUUCCGCUCAAUCAGAUAACUCUGGACCUGAUAGUGGUGUUGAUAAUUACAACUUAACUGACGCAUAUGCGAGAAAUAACACAAGUGAUAUGCUGACAACUCUUCGACCAAGAGAUGCAUCGCAAGGUUCAAAUAUUCCAACCUUGACAUAUUUUUGGCUUUUUAUAUAUUGGCUAGAGUUUUCAAUCUGUUGGGUGGUGCUUCCUGUUUUAAUUUCAUAUAUUGACUUAAAAUACUCAUACGCAAGGGAAUCUGGGGAAUCAUACAAUAGAUAUGUUUUACGAAGGAUCAGAGGAGCACUUGCCUCUAAUAUUAAAUUUUAUGGGUUUUGUAUUGUGGGACUUCUUUUUGGGUUGAUCUACUUGAAGAUGACAAAGAAUCGUGGCAUAAGUGAUAUGAAGCCGCUAUUAAUAUCAUUAGCUCAUCUAUACCCCCUAAUAUACAUGUUGGUCUUGUUGGCCACGGGAUUAAUGCUACUUCCUAAAUCAUUACUCUUUGACUCCAAUGAUGAAAGAAAGCUGUUUGUCGAGCUAAGUCAAAACAAUGACGAAUUGAACGAUGCAAAGCUGAACAUGACUGAUAAUGCUGAGAAGAUCCUGUCACUUCCGGAGCAGGUUAGAGGUCAUACAACACUAAGCCAAGUAAUCAACGAAUGCAAACUAGAAAUACAGGCGAUUGUUAAUGAGUUGAACAUUUAUAUUCCUGAAUUUGCAUCGGAGACUGUGCACCACAGUGUGAGCUUGCAGAAGGUGAAUAAUCUAUACAACGUGUUCAUGUCGGAGUACUAUAAUUACACAUACCAUCAAAAUCGUUCCGAUCAGAUUAUACAUACAUUAGCAAGUUCACAGAGUAACACCAAGUCAACUUUAAGGGCUAUGAAACGCAAGCUUUUGGGGGUGGCUGCCUCUUUGUUAUCAAUUCUUGUUGCACUCUUAGAAACGACGCCAGCAGAGUUUGCACACAGUUGGUUGUUCUGGGGUAAUAAAUGGUGGCAUUUUGUCUUAGAAAUAACGCUCCUGGUGUAUUGCACUGUAUGCUCUCUAUAUGCAAUGAGCUUGUUCAAAUUCCAGAACUUUCAUCUUAUUCCAAAUGGGAAGAGUAACCCGCGCAAUGCUUUAUAUUAUUCUCUUAAUUCUAGUAGAUUACUCCUACCAUUAUGCUUCAACUUCAUCACCUUGAUACCAAGGAAGGGACACCAUUCUAAAAGUGCUUUUGAAAAGAUACUUUACAAAGAAUUAGAGCUCAUCAUGUUGGUCAACUAUUUGAAUUUAUAUUUACCAGUCGUCAUAAUUAUUCUUGUACCGUUAAUUUACUAUUUUGAUUUGAAAGGUAAGUUAUUAAGGAAAGCUUUAGGUGAAGAAUACUAUAAUGAAUUUUUUGGCCUCAUAUAUAACCCAUCCAGUGUAAACAGUUAUAGCGAUGGUGAUGUAUCACUUAGACAUACAGAAAACUCGAGCAGGUUGCGAAUGGCGGAUGAUAUUGAGUAUUCUUUACAAGAUGGCCGAUACAUAUUUGAAAGGGCUACAAAUAAUUUUGCACCAUCAACAAACAACCAUCAGCAAAAUAACACAAACAGACCACAAUCUGUAUAA